GAUAUUUCUGGUUUGAACACUGAGGAAAACAACCACUUUGGCUUUAAAUUGCUCAGCUGCAGAAUUUCUUUUCUUACCAUAUCUGCUUAUCAUGCCAUCCUAGCAUCGAUAUUUUCCUCUGCUUUGUUGAAAUCAGUAGCACGGGGUUGAAUUCAAGAGGAAGUAUGGAUAUUGGAUAAAUAGAUGCAGAAAGUAUAGAAAGAAUUUCCGAGAUACGUGUCUGCCUCACUGACUGCAGAUGCAGCAAUAUACAAAGAGGACCUUCAGUGAAAGCUGAAGAUGUUGCUUGGCAAUUGAAGAACACUGGUGUGCAUUUAGAAGAAAAUUGCAAAUCCACGCUACGGUAAAACUGAUUUGGGAAGGACAGCGAACUCUCUAACAUUGUGUCAGAAUGUCUGAGAAAGAGAUGCUCCGUGAAACUGGAUGCAGCUUCUUUGGUGGAAACAAGUAACAUUUACAGUUCUGGUGGGCAACUAAAACUAAAUCUGAACCCAUCAUCUGAAUGCAAGUUUAGCUGUUGGGUCUCUUCUGUACAGUGUGCCUUGUUUCUCAUUGUAAACUUCUGUUUUCAAGAAGUAGCUACUGAAGAAAAGAGUGAAUGUGUUCCAUGAUUCAAAAUGUUUUGAAUAUCAGCCAUCACUUUGGACAGGAGUUAAUCUGUGUCUGAUAUUUUUGAAUUCAUUAAGUGCAAGAUGUGAGGUGCAAAUAACUAAAUUGCAUCUUUCAAUAUUGUAAGCACUAGGAAGUAUUUUUUUAAAAAAAAUACUACUUAAUACAGUAGUGCCUUGAAUGCUAAAGACAACAAGAGGAAGAUUCAUUGGGAGUUUCAUUGUGUGAAAUAUUAAAUGUGCCAGUAAAGACAAUGUCACAACGUAGAUAUUCAAGAGAAGGACAGGAAAAUCGUAAUCGCAUUGUACGCAGAGUCAGCAAUGCUGUCCACAAUUUGUCCUCAACAUUACAACGAUAUCGUACAAGGAAACAUGGGCAAAGUUACUCGCGCCACACCUGGUCUGGUGAGAACUCUUAUGAAAUCAUGCAUCAGGAUAUCGUUCCCCUGUGUGCUGAAGAGAUUGAGGUCCAGCUGAGGAAAAAGUUUGCCUUCCUGUCAGGUGGACGUGGAAAAGAUGGUUGUCCUGUUAUCACUUUUCCGGAAUAUUCAACAUUUAGUGAAAUUCCAGAGAACGAUUUUCAGAAUGUCCUGACAUAUCUCACCAACAUCCCCAGUUUACAAGAUGCUGGAAUUGGAUUUAUCUUGGUCAUAGACCGCAGGCAAGAUAAAUGGAGUUCUGUGCAAGCUUCUGUACUACGAAUUGCGGCAUCGUUUCCAGGAAAUCUGCAGUUAGUCCUGGUUUUGCGACCCACAGGAUUCUUGCACAGAACUCUCUUUGACAUUGCAUUCAAAUUCCAUAAAGAUGACUAUAAGAUGAAGCUACCGAUCAUAAUGCUGAGCUCACUAGGAGAGUUAAACAGUUACAUUGACAGAACACAGCUAACCGAGGAUCUUGGUGGCACUCUGGAUUACUGCCACGACAGGUGGCUGACCCAUCGCACUGCUAUAGAGAGCUUUGCUCGAAUGGUGAAGCAGACAGCUCAGACGCUUCGCUCUUUUGGAGCUGAACUGGCAGAAACAGAAUUGCCAAAUGAUGUGGAGUCUACCAGGUCCCUCCUUACAGCCCAUAUUGAAAGCAAAGUCAAAAUGAAGGAAGAUCUAAGGAUAGCAGUAGAUGAAGGCCAUGAUAUUCUCCAUAGUAUUAGGAAACCAGUUCUUGAAAAUCCAGAGUAUAAGCUGAAUCCAGAUCAAGUGGAAAACCAAGUCACUGUGGAAAGGCUUCUAGCUCAGCUAGAUGAAACAGCAACAGCCUUUGAUGAAUUUUGGUCUAAACACCAACAGAAACUGGAGCAGUGCUUACAGCUUAGACAUUUUGAACUGGAUUUCAAAGAGGUCAAAUCAGAUCUUGAUGCUGUGUCUGAGAGGUUAUGUCGUUUCACAGAAAUGGGAAACAGCUGCUCGCAUGUUGAACACAUUUUGAAAGACCUUGCCAACUUUGAAAGCAAAUCUCAUGAUGUUCUAGAAAAGGCCAGGAUGCUCAUUUCUACAGCUGAUCAGUUUAUACAGAACAAUCAUUAUGCUGUGGACUCCAUUCUCCCAAAGUGCAAUGAACUCCAGCAACACUGUGGCAUGGUUGCUGCACAAACAAAUAAAAUAAGGGCUCUCCUCAACCAUUCUUUUGAACUACAUAGCCGGUUGGAGAAGUCCAUGAGGUGGUGUGAUGAAGGAAUUUACUUGUUGGCUUCACAACUUGUAGACAAAUGCCAGACGCAGGAUGGAGCAGAAUCGGCUUUACAGGAGAUUGAGAAAUUUUUGGAUACUGGCAGAGAAUAUAAGCUCAGUGAACUGAAUGAUUUUUACAGAGAAUAUGAAGCUAUUCUUAGUGAGGAAUUAAUGGAACACAUACAAAAAGUUUUUCAGAAGCAAGAAAGCAUGGAAGAAAUGUUUCAAAAGAGACAGGUCAGCCUUAAGAAGUUGGCCGCCAAGCAGACUCGUCCAGUUCAGCCUGUGGCUCCUCGGCCAGAGGUCUCUCUCAAAUCACCUUGUCCUUCUCCAGGACUUCAAAGAGAUUCUGAAGAUCCAUCCAGUCCUGACAAUCCUAUGAUCCAGAGAAUCAGUUUCAGAAGAGCCAAGAGUGAGUUAAGUGAAAUCCACCAAACUAGAGGGGGCUCUGUGAUGGAUGAUGAAGAAAAUCUAGCUGUCUUGCGGAAACAUGUUAUUAAUGAACUUCUUGAAACUGAACGAGCUUAUGUGGAAGAGCUUCUGUGUGUCCUUGAGGGCUAUGCUGCAGAAAUGGACAAUCCUUUAAUGGCACAUCUCAUUUCACCUGGGCUGCAAAAUAAGAAGGAUGUGUUGUUUGGAAAUAUGGAAGAAAUCUAUCACUUUCACAACAGAAUAUUCUUGAGAGAAUUAGAAAAUUACAUAGAUUAUCCAGAACUGGUAGGAAGGUGUUUCCUUGAAAGGAUGGAAGACUUUCAGAUUUAUGAAAAAUAUUGUCAAAAUAAACCUCGAUCUGAAAGUCUGUGGAGGCAGUUCUCAGACUCUGUGUUCUUCCAGGAGUGUCAAAGAAAACUAGAUCACAAAUUGAGUUUGGAUUCCUAUUUACUGAAACCUGUUCAAAGAAUAACCAAAUAUCAGUUGUUGCUAAAGGAAAUGUUAAAAUACAGUAAAAACCGUGAAGGUGCUGAAGAUCUCCAAGAGGCAUUAACAUCAAUAUUGGGAAUUCUUAAAGCAGUGAAUGAUUCCAUGCAUCAGAUUGCAAUCACUGGCUAUGAUGGAAACAUGAAUGAACUGGGCAAACUUCUAAUGCAAGGAUCCUUUAAUGUAUGGACUGAUCAUAAAAAGGGUCAUUCAAAGGUGAAGGACCUAGCACGGUUCAAACCUAUGCAGAGGCAUCUCUUCCUCCAUGAGAAGGCAAUAUUGUUCUGUAAAAAGAGAGAGGAAAAUGGAGAAGGAUAUGAAAAGGCACCUUCAUACAGUUAUAAGCAUUCUCUAAAUAUGACUGCUGUUGGAAUAACAGAGAACAUCAAAGGUGAUGCUAAAAAAUUUGAAAUCUGGUAUAAUGCAAGGGAAGAAGUUUACAUAAUACAAGCUCCAACCCCCGAAGUCAAAGCCACUUGGGUAAAUGCAAUCAGAAAAGUAUUGACCAGCCAACUGCAGGCAUUUCGGCAAGCUAGCCAGCACAGGAUUCUAGAGCAUACACACAGUUUACCAUUACCGUCAUCAUCUAACACAAGCCCUUCUCAAAAUGACGGAAGGAACAUCAGAAAACAGGAAGAGAGAAAUUCUGACUUUCCAGAUGGUUGUAUCACCACAGUCACAUCCAAGUAUCCUGAAAAAGGCAAAGAAACAGCAUCUCCUACCACAAAAAGCCAGACUUUACCAAUGAUCCUUCUUUCAGGACCAGCUCUUCCUCCUAUCAGUCCAGACAAAAAUAUUAAACGACAUGAAGUAAAGAGUGAUCCAACUCCUUUGGGUCUGAGAGGAUGGUCUAAAACAUCUCAGUCUGUUGAUGCUUCUGAAGAAAAUGAUGGUUGGUCUAGUGCAGAGGAUCCAUUCAAUUCCUCAGAUGCUGAGGAUGAAGGAAAAGUAGAGAAGAAGCUGACUCCUGGUAAAUAUACUGCUAUGGCUAAUUAUGACAAGGGAGGCUCCGAAGACUUGGUCCUGAAAAGUGGAGACUUAGUUCAACUGAUCCACGAAGGAGAAGAUGGGCUUUGGUACAUAAGGAAUUUGAGCACAAGCAGGGAAGGAUGGAUGCCUAUCAACUGUCUGUUAGCAUUGCUUGGCAACUCAAAGUCGGCUCUUUCUCUGACUAGCUCAGAGUCAGCAGCUGGUUCAAGUACUUUGAGUUCAUCUUCAAGUUACAGUGAAAGCUGCAACGUUAGUAGCAUCAGUGUUUCAGACAUUAAAGGUUGACUGAAAAGCUGUGUCAAGACUCCUAUGAAGCUUUCAAAUUUCCAAUACAAAAACUGGAUGCAAGAUAAAAAUAGAGACACACCAUGCCGUGUGUCUCUCAUUUUGUCUCCACCAACCCUCAAGUUCACAAGAACUUCUUAAAGGCAUUAAUUAAGAAUGUGGAAAGCAUGGAGAGCAUGCUGGGGGUAAAGAAGUCUUCUGGAAGUUGCAUGUCAGACGUUUCUCAAAGUGGGCCUUGCCAUUAUUGGAAGAAUGUUAUGAAGAAAUCAAGUUGUGUUAAUCGCUGUAAAUGUGUACAGUUCAAACAAGAAUUAUGAAGUUAAUAUAGAAUGUAAGGAACUUGAUUGUUACAGAUUACUGUAAAUGAAAAUAUUUGAGGUCAAUGUGUAAUGUACAGGACAGUCUUUAUAGCAGUAUAGGAAUUACGUGGCCCUCCACAUGUUUGGACUUCAACUCCCAUCAGAUCUAUCCAGCAAAGUCUUUGGUGAGAGAUUAUGAAAACUGCAAGGGUUCUUGGAGGGCCCACCACAUUUUCUAACAUCAAGGGGAUCCAUUUUGACCUAUUUAGUCUUUCCUGACUUUGCUCUAUACUUAACCACCGUGCUUUAUACACCUAAAGGCUAUGUCAUGAAAGAAAGGGACAUUUCCACUACAAUAGAAACCUUUUUUACAGUAUGUGACAAUAGCUAUUUAGAUGUAUUUUUUACCACAGAGCCAAAUCCUCUAACAAGGACGACUAUUUACGGAAUGCUAAGAAUUUGGUAAACCUGUUUUUUAAUUUUUUUAAAAAAUGUGGAGUAAAAACAUUGAAACGUGUUUUAUGUAUCUUAUGCUCUCAUUCUAUAAUAUCAUGCAGUUGCCCUUAGCACUUACAAUUAGACAAGAACUGAAGCAUUUGUAAUUCUAUUGAGACUGAAAUUUCCCAAUUAGUUACAAUUUAUUGUGAAAUUAAGAACUCUGUUCCAGCAAAGAUAUUGUUCAACUAUUACAGAAUAAAAAAGAAAAUAAAAACAAUAAGCUUUCUAUUUCCUGUAUGUGAAUGAGAGACAUGUUGUAUGAACAGCUUCAUCUUAAGGCCCCGUCUCCAUUGCCAUAUAAUUCAGCUUCAGAAUCCAGAUCCACUGCAUUGAAUUGCAUCAUGUGGCAAUGGGACUCAUAUAAUCCAGUUCAAUGCAGUUAAUCUGGAUUUGGAAACUGCAUGAUAUGGCAACGUAAAUGGGAUCUAAGAUAUGGUUUACAAAAUCUGUAUUUCCAAAUGCAAGCUAUAUGUAAUUUUGUAUAUUGAUCAUAUUAAAGUCUUACAUAUUUCUAAAAUAACUAAUAGCUCAUAUAAUUUGUACCUCAUUCAUGUGUUAUAUAAUGAAGGGUCAUAAGGAAGGAAUGUUUUGACUGUCGGCACUUAUUAAAACUGAAUGGAUAAAAUCCAGCAAGAUAAAAAUAACUUGGAUUUUGUUUCCUGAUGUAUGAAGAAUGUUUCGUAAUAUUGUUCUGAAUGCUAGAAAUAUACUCAGGCUCACAGUUACAAUCAAGCCGUGUCUGACUUUGGUCAGUACAACCAUUUAUGUCUACCUGUAUAUGUUUAUAUGUGUCUUGUAUAUGUUUAUAUGUGUCUUGUAUGUACUAAUGUAAAAUACCUAUUAUAUAUGUCUAUAUUUAUACUCUUCAGGCUGCUAAAGAUGCCUCUGUAUGAACCCUGGUUUCAUCCAAAAGCAGCACUGUGAAUGCUGUCUUAAGAUUUUAUUUUAUACAGAUUUCCAUGUAAAAAUGCACCUCGUCAAAUCAUCCUAUACAAACAUGACUUUGCCACCUGAGGCACUGUCUGUUCUGGUCAUGGUAUUAAAAUAGCAAUAGUCUCAGUAACUUAUUUUGUAAAUACGAAUGUUAAAAAAAUACCUAUACUCCAAAAUAUAUAUAGAGGAAUACCAUUCUGAUGCAUAUAAUAGGAGUCAUCAUUCUCUCUACCAACAUCCCACCCCUCUGCUGCUAUGGGUGCCAUCUUGUGUAGCUGAGAAGCAGUGAAUCUCUUUUUGUAAAAAUUGUAGAAUUAAUAAGUGGUUUAUUGCUUCUCAGGUUUAUGUGAAGGAGCUACUUUGGGGACAUGAAGCUUUGGAGAAAGUCCCUCCUAUCACAUCUUGUUUGUUUUCACUUUGUCUCUGAUUCCAUCUUCUUGCAUUUCUCACAUGGUUAUACAUGAAUCAUUGCACUUUAAUACAGCCCACAGUUUUGACUUUUCUACUGCUGUUGUAAAUUACUUCUUCAGAACCAAUGUCUUUGAUGUUUAUAAUAAAUUCCGAAUAAAUUUCAA